AGGAGCAGAGCUUGCAGGCGACCACUUCUUCUACACCCGUGCCUAUUCAGUAAAACUGCUCCAGUUAAACUGAAACAAAAACGUUUUCAUGUCAGCGAAGAAGAUGCGACGCGGACCAACGGUGAACUAGCUCCAAACAGCGAGCGGCGGUAGCGUCUGUUCAACGUUAGCUAGCUGGCGUCAGAAAUGAAACGUUAGAGUGAGUCAUUGCGAACACGCGUUUCAAACUGAGCACUCUUUAUUUAACCGUCACAUAUUAGUGAUAAUUUCCCGGCUUCAGAAGAUACCGCCAUGCAAAACGACAAAUCCGAGUCGAGUGAGCCGAAGGGCGCCGAGUGUCCGAGCUCAGGCGACAGCGAGAAGAAAGCGCUGAGUGCGCUGGAGCCAGAAGCCCCCAAACCUAAAGGGAUCAGCGCCGUCGCGGUGCUCUGGACGUUUGGGAAAUGUCUGGGAGCCUUGCUGCCCGUCUACCUGGCCGGUUACUACCGGGUCAGCACCAGCCUGUUGGUGUUCGGCAUGAUGGUCUACACCGGAUGGAAACAUGCCCGAGAAGCCAAGGAGGCACGCCUGAGGUCAGCCAUACAGUUUCUCGACAACGAGGAGGAGUACACAUCCAGGAAAGUGUCCAAAAUCAAGCGGGAGCUUCCUUCGUGGGUCAACUUUCCAGAUGUUGAGAAGGUUGAGUGGCUGAAUAAGGUGCUGCAGCAGGUGUGGCCCUUUGUUGGCCAAUACCUUGAGAAGCUGCUGGUGGAAACCAUCGCUCCAUCUAUCCGAGCCUCAAGCACCCACCUCCAGACCCUCAGCUUCACAAAAGUAGACAUGGGAGACAAGGCCAUGAAGGUUGUAGGGAUCAAGGCACACACAGAGAAUGACAAAGGACAAGUCCUGCUCGAUCUGUAUAUCAGCUAUGUUGGCAAUGUAGAGAUCAACGUUGAGGUAAAGAGGUAUUUCUGCAAGGCUGGAGUCAAAGGAAUACAGCUGCACGGGAUGAUGCGAGUGAUUCUGGAGCCUCUGAUUGGAGAUGUACCCAUAGUGGGUGCGGUCACCAUGUUUUUCAUCCAGCGACCUAAACUAGACAUCAAUUGGACUGGACUGACUAAUUUGUUGGACAUCCCUGGACUGAAUGUCAUGUCUGACAGCAUGAUUAUGGAUGCCAUCGCCUCCUUCUUGGUGCUGCCCAACCGCCUGGUUGUCCCCUUGGUUCAGGGCCUGCAUGUGGCCCAGUUACGCUCUCCUUUGCCCAGGGGAGUGGUACGCAUCCACCUGCUGGAGGCACAGAAUCUAGCAGCCAAGGACAACUAUGUGAAAGGGGUUAUGGCUGGCUUGUCUGACCCCUAUGCCAUAUUGAGGGUUGGCCCUCAGACCUUCACCUCUCAACACAUUGACAACACAGACUCUCCCAAGUGGGAAGAGAUGUAUGAGGUCAUAGUCCAUGAAGUGCCUGGUCAGGAGUUGGAGGUGGAGGUAUAUGACAAAGACCCAGACCAGGAUGAUUUCCUGGGCAGGACCAAAUUGGACUUGGGUAUUGUGAAGAAAUCCAUAGCUGUCGAUGAUUGGUUCACUUUGAAAGACACCCCAUCAGGACGGGUUCACUUCAGACUGGAGUGGUUGUCCUUGCUACCCAGCACUGAUCGACUAGAGCAGAUCCUGAAGAGGAAUGAAAGCCUCACUAGUAAGGCUGGCGAUCCACCUUCUUCAGCCAUCUUGGUUGUAUAUCUAGACAAGGCUGAGGCACUUCCUAUGAAGAAGGGAAAUAAAGAGCCCAAUCCCAUGGUGCAACUGUCUGUGCAGGACAUCACUAGAGAGAGCAAGACUUGUUACACAACCAUUAAUCCAGAGUGGGAGGAAGCUUUCACCUUCUUCAUCCAGGAUCCUCGCAAGCAGGACAUAGACAUUCAGGUGAAGGACGCUGACCGUGUGCAGACUUUGGGCAGUCUGACAAUCCCUUUGUCCCGUCUGCUGUCCAACUCUAAUCUUUCCCUGGACCAGUGGUUCCAGUUGGACAACUCUGGAUCUGCCAGUCGCAUCUAUAUCAACACCGUUCUCAGGGUCCUGUGGUUAGAUGAGGAACAUAUUUCAUCUGAUGUGUCAUCCAAACUGGAGGCUGGACUGUCCAAACAGCUGCCCCAGCAGACCUCCCCUCAUCCUAGCUUUGCCACAGAGGGAUUGCUUAGAAUUCACCUGUUGGCUGGGCAGAAUCUUGUUCCGAAAGAUAACCUGAUGGGGGGCAUGGUAAAAGGCAAGAGUGACCCCUAUGUCAAGAUCAACAUCGGUGGCGAAACAUUCACAAGUCAUGUUAUCAAGAGUAAUCUUAACCCCACAUGGAAUGAGAUGUAUGAGGUGAUUCUUACCCAGCUGCCUGGCCAGGAGCUGCAUGUAGAAGUGUUUGAUAAAGACAUGGACAUGAAGGAUGACUUCAUGGGCAGGCUGAAGAUCAGCCUGAAGGACAUCAUUGAGUCUCAGUACACUGAUCAGUGGUACACUCUCAGUGAUGUGAAGUCUGGUCGAGUUCACCUGGUGCUGGAAUGGGUUCCAUUAGCCUCAGAGUCAGACAGAUUGGACCAGGUUCUUCAGUUCUAUUCUAGACAGUCCUACCAAAACAAGGCGGUUCCCUCAGCAGGACUACUGUUUGUCUUUAUCGAGCAAGCAGAUGGUUUACCACUUAAGAAGAGUGGCAAGGAGCCGAAAGUGGGAGCAGAUGUUACUCUUGGAGACAUGUCCCACAAAACUACAGUGUGUGAUCGGACCACAUCACCUCAGUGGAAUGAGGCAUUCUGCUUCCCGGUUCGAGACCCGAGAGAAGAUAUUCUUGUUGUGAAGCUCUCACACACCUGGACCUUGCCCAUUGGUUCCCUGGUGGUUCCUGUAAGAGAGCUGCUCUCUGAACCAGAGCUGGUCUUGGACCAGUGGUUCCAUCUGGAUGGAGCCUCACCUGAGAGUCAGAUCCUGCUGAGGGCUGAACUCAAGACGCUGAUUCCUAGUAAAUGUCCAGGUGCCCCCGAUAAGGUUAAGGUCACGUCAAUGUCAGAUCCUUCCCCUGCUCGGCAAAAACAGGAGAUGGACACAGUGGUGAGGUCAAGUUCGGUAGAUGCUCCUCCCAUCGAGACGAUUGGCUCUUUAGUGACCUUACCUGAAGAUACUGAGGUAAAGGAAAUGGCAGCUGAUGUGAUUGAGGAGAAAGUGGAAGAAUCACCAAGCCGUGCUGCAGCACAGCCUCCCCAUACUUCCCCAGACCUCAGCUUUGCCAGCGAGGGGCUGCUGAGAAUCAUCCUGUUGGAGGCCCAGAGUCUAGUUGCCAAAGAUUCAAUGAUGGGUGGAAUGGUGAAGGGCAAGAGUGACCCCUAUGCCAAGAUCAAUGUUGGAGACUUUGCAUUUAAGAGUAAUGUGAUCAAGGAGAAUCUCAACCCAGUCUGGAAUGAGAUGUAUGAGGUGGUGCUGAGGCCUCAGUCAGGACAGGAGGUGGAAGUAGAGUUGUAUGACAAAGACAUGGACAAAGAUGACUUCCUGGGCAGAUUCAAAAUCAGUGUGGCAGACAUCAUCCGUUCCCAGUACACAGACCAGUGGUACACCCUAAAUGAUGUAAAGUCUGGACGCAUUCGCCUGAUACUGGAGUGGGUACCAGCAGUGUCCCAUAAUGCCACCCUGGACCAAGUGAUGGAGGUGCAGUCUCUCCAGUCUUACCACAACAAGGCUGUUCCCUCUGCAGCCCUGCUCUUUGUUUAUGUGGACAGAGCACACUCAUUGCCUUUUAAGAAAAGUGGAAAGGAGCCCAAAGCUGGGGCAGAGCUUGUUUUAGGCAACACAACUUACAAAACCAAGGUAUGUGAUCGCUCCAGAUCACCUGAGUGGAAUGAGGCGUUCCACUACUUGGUUCGUGACCCCAGAGAGGAGAUGCUCAUAGUGAAGUUGUCAAGUGCAUGGGACCAGCCAAUGGGAUCUCUCGUAAUCCCUGUCAGAGAUCUGCUCCCUGAACCACAGCUGGUCCUGGACCAGUGGAUGCCUCUGGAUGGGGCCUUACCUGAAAGUGAGAUCCUGCUGAGGGCUGAACUCAAGAUCCUGAGCUCAAAGAUGACUGAAGCCCCACAGCCUUCUGUGACUACAUCAAAGAAAGAAGAGACGUUCAUUCCCACUGAGCAGACAUUCAAAGCAGCCAGUGAGGAUGAAAAAAGCUCCAAGCUGCCAACAGAUGAAUUGGUUGCAGUAUCCAACCAGCCUAAACACUCCGAAGCAGAAAAAGCAGACACUGCGGCCUCUACAGAAGAUGCCACUCCUGCUCAACCAGCUGCCAUUCUCCCUGCAGGUGAUACAUACCCUGCUGCUGUGCUGGUGGAAGAACCAACAGGUCCAGAAGAGCAGCCCACGCAGUCAGACCCUGCAGUUAAAGGAGACUCUGAUGGUACUGGUUUAGGCAGCCUUGCUCAUGCCACAGUGACUGGUCUUCCUACCGACACCCUUCCACCACACAGCACCCCCAGCCAGGACUUCGGUAAAGAGGGGCUGCUGCGGAUUCACCUGCUGGAGGCUCAGAAUCUGGUGGCCAAGGACAACCUGAUGGGGGGCAUGGUGAAGGGCAAGAGUGACCCCUAUGUCAAGAUUAACAUCGGGGGAGUUGCAUUCAAGAGUCAUGUCAUCAAGGAAAAUCUCAACCCAACGUGGAAUGAAAUGUAUGAGCUGGUUUUGAGUGGGCACAGCGUCCAGGAGAUCAAGUUUGAAGCAUUCGAUAAGGAUUUAGACUCUGAUGACUUCCUUGGCAGAUUCAGUGUUAAACUGAAUGAGGUCAUCAGAUCCCAGUACACAGAUCAGUGGUUCACUCUGAAUGACGUGAAGUCCGGCCGGGUUCACUUGAUACUGGAAUGGGUUCCUACAGUGUCACAUUCAGCCAAGCUUGACCAGGUACUGCAGCUUCAGUCCCUCCAGGCUUAUCAGAACAAAGCUGUCCCCGCUGCCGCUCUGCUCUUUGUCCAUGUGGAGAGAGCACACUCAUUACCUUUGAAGAAGAGUGGAAAGGAACCCAAAGCAGGAGCUGAGCUUGUUCUGGGUGAAACAACCUACAAAACCAAACUGUGCGACCGCAGUACCAGCCCUCAGUGGAAUGAGUCUUUCUACUUCCUCGUCCAUGAUCCUAAACAUCAGAUGCUUGUAAUAAAGUUGUCCAGUGGUUGGGACCAGCCAAUGGGAUCUCUGGUGGUAACCAUCAAGGAGCUGCUUGCAGAGCCACAACUGGUCCUGGACCAGUGGUUCCAUCUGGAUGGAGCCUCACCUGAGAGUCAGAUCCUGCUGAGGGCUGAACUCAAGAUUCUAGACUCCAAAAUGGUGGAGAUGAUCGGUGCUGGCACGCUGCCCUGUGCUGCCUCUGGCUGUGGAUCUGGAAAUGGGCAGGUGAAGUUGUCUCUUUCAUACGCCUCAAGACAGCUCAUCGUCAUCGUCCAUGCCUGCAGAGGGCUGUCGUCUCAAAGUAAGGAUGGUGUAGACAGCUAUGUCUCCCUCAUGCUGGUGCCAGACAAAAGCAAGGCCACCAAGAGGAAGACAGCAGUGAAGAAACGAGACUUCAACCCAGAAUACAGUGAGAGGUUUGAAUAUGCUCUGCCUGACGAUGAGCUGAGAUUCAGACGCCUCAGUGUAUCAGUGAAGAAUAACUCGGCUUCGUUCAGGAGCCGCGACGUCAUUGGACAGGUGCAGAUCGAGCUGGCUCAGCUUGACCUGGUGUCUGGUGUCACAGAAUGGUUCACUCUGAAGGACGAAGACGAAUAGUCCUGCUUGCUGAUGUCGUGGCGGUGUACAAAUGAUGAUAUCGUCACUUGACUUGGCAUCGUGCCACUGCUGCAGCUCACACUGAUGCCUUCUGCUUCCCACGUUUGCAAACAGUCCAACUGUAGCAGCCUUACCUGCAUCCACCCAGCUGUCUGUGUGUUAACAUAUAGUAUAGAUUGGACUGCACUGUAUACUCACAUCAAUACUCUCACCAAAGAUAAAUAUGCUGAAGAAGCUGAGUUGACAAGGAUAAAAUGCAAGUUUGAACUGACUGAAGGUCACUUUACUGUAUGAAGAGAUGAUAGAUUGAAGACUGAGUGGAGCAAGUGAAAGAUGAACACCCCAGAAAGAAUGAAGUCAUAUUUUGUUGCUUUGUUUGGUUUCUUUUGGGCUUCAAGAACAUGUUAAAUCUGAGAGUAUCUUGUUUGAAGUGCAGUAACAUUUUUAGACUGUAGUUUUUUUUAAACAUGUUGCUCAUGAACGCUAAUGCCAUUUCAGUAUUUUGGAUCUGUUUUACAACAGGCUUACAUUGGAGUUGUUUUGUAUUUCACUGCACUUUGCUACGUUUCUGUUUGAAGAUGAUUUUAUAAGAUUUUUUUUUUUUACAAGACAUGUAUUUGUUUUUCCGAAGUCUCAAUUAAAUCAUAUUGCAUUUGAUUUUGUGUAUAUUUGCAAAGCUGAUGAAUCAGAUCUGAUAAUGUUUGUUGAAAGAUGGUAGCAAAAAUAAACAGAUUUUGCACAUCU